CGGAGCAGCGGUCAGGAGUGCCGGGUCGGCACCUCCGCCGAGAGGCUGCGCGCGCCGGCCGGGGGAGGCGGAGAGCCGGGCCCGCCGCCUGCGGGGCGCGGCGCGCGGCACCCAGCCCUGAGGCAAGGCGAGACGCCCGCGCGCACCAGGAGGCGCGAGGCUGCGGCCCCGGGAGCCCCUGCGCGCCGCCCCGGGCCAUGGGCGCGUGAGAACCCGGCGCGCGCCGCCCCUGCUGCAGCUCGCGAGCUCGCACGCUCGGUGCAGAGUCCCCCGGGCCGUCUCCGCUUCCUUCCUGCGCCACCUGGACCUGCUAUUCCUUGGCGCUGAGGCCCCUGAGGCUGCAUCCGAGCCUCCGACACCCGCUGCCGCCGCCACCACCGCUGCUGCUCGCCGGCUUCCCCUCCCCCCACACCCGGGGCCGGGAGCCAGAGGAGGAGGGGCCGGUGCAUUCUCGCCGCUGCUCUUUGCAACCUGCGGGGGCCGGUGCAUGCCCGGCGAGGAACCGGGGCCGCUGCAGGUGCGUGCAAUCCCGGGAGGAGACGACCCCACCCCCACCCCCCGGCGAACCCGGGGGCUGCCAGCGGCGGGCGGGCGGGUGAGCGAGAGGAAGCAACAAAGACAGGCUGCAGCUGGGGCUGGCGAGAGGGGCCGCGGCCUCCCGGCUCCCUGCGCGGACGGAGAGGGCGCCCUGGGAACAGCGCGGGGCGAGCUGCAGAGGUGAGCGGGGCCCCGAGGGGAGGCGCAGCGCCUCCCGCCGGACGCGGCGAGCACAGACUCCGGCGAGGAUGCGCAGCCUGAGCGUCCUCGCGGCCCGGGUCCCGGGCGAACGCGACCCUCGCUGAGCAGAAAGCCCCGACUUCGGACGGCGCGCUCCGGAGUCUGGAUCGCUUUCACCGACACCGUCCCUUCCCACCCGGAAAGAAGCUUCGGCCCCCAAGGGGGCUUUCCUCAGGCAGCCUCUGCCACCUCUGCAUGGCUGCAACCUGUCGAGUGGAGCGUAGAGGCCGCUGAGACCUGGUGCCUGCCCUACGACCGCCUGGCUGAUUGGGGACCCUGCUGCAGAGUGCACCCCCCGGGGGGCCCCGGCUCAGCCAUGCUGGCCUGUCUGCAGAGGACCCAGAACCCUCCCGGCCAACACCUGGCCUGCCCGAGCAGGAGCCUGGAGCUUCGCAAGUGUGAGACGGUGGCCAGCUCCAUGCAUUCCUCCCGCUACCCGAGCCCGGCGGAGCUGGACGCCUAUGCCGAGAAGGUGGCCAACAGCCCGCUGUCCAUCAAGAUCUUCCCCACCAACAUCCGGGUGCCCCAGCACAAGCACCUCAGCCGCACCGUCAACGGCUACGACACCAGCGGCCAGCGCUACAGCCCCUACCCACAGCACACGGCCGGCUACCAGGGCCUGCUGGCCAUCGUCAAGGCUGCCGUGUCCUCUUCCAGCGCAGCCGCGCCCGCUGGGCCCGCCAAAAGCGUGCUCAAGAGCGCAGAAGGCAAGCGGACCAAGCUGUCGCCUGCCACCGUGCAGGUGGGCAUUGCGCCCUACCCAGCACCCAGCACUCUGGGGUCCCUGGCUUACCCCAAGCCGCCCGAGGCGCCCGCCCCGCCACCCAGCCUGCCCGCAGCUGCCACCACCGCCUCCGUCAUCCCCCUGCCGGGCCGGGGCCUGCCCCUGCCGCCUUCCAACCUGCCCUCCAUCCACAGCAUCCUCUACCAGCUCAACCAGCAGUGCCAGGCCCCGGGCGCUGCGCCCGCCGCCUGCCAGGGUGUGGCCGUUCCCCACCCCAGCCCGGCCAAGCACGGCCCGGUGCCCAGCUUCCCCAGCAUGGCCUACUCGGCCACGGCCGGUCUGCCCGACUGCCGGAAGGGCACGGAGCUGGGCCCCGGAGCCACGCCGGCGCUGACGUUGGCCGGGGCCGCCAAGCCGGCAGGGUACGCCGACGGCGGCCUGGAUUACCUGCUGUGGCCUCAGAAGCCGCCCCCGCCGCCGCCCCAGCCGCUGCGCGCCUACAGCGGCAGCACGGUGACCAGCAAGUCUCCCGAGGCUUGCGGCGGCCGGGCCUACGAGCGGGCCAGUGGGUCUCCCCUCAACUGCGGCGUGGGGCUGCCCGCCAGCUUCACCGUGGGCCAGUACUUUGCCGCCCCCUGGAACAGCGUGCUGGUGACCCCCACCAGCGACUGCUACAACCCCGCGGCGGCGGCGGCGGUGGCGGUGACUGAGCUGGGGCCCGGGACGGCCCGGGAGCUGGCGGGGCCGACGGCGGACGGCCUCUCGGGCCUGCCCAGCAAGAGCGUGUGCAACACGUCGGUGCUGAGCAGCAGCCUGCAGUCGCUGGAGUACCUCAUCAACGACAUCCGGCCGCCCUGCAUCAAGGAGCAGAUGCUGGGCAAGGGCUACGAGACGGUGGCCGUGCCCCGGCUGCUCGACCACCAGCACGCCCACAUCCGCCUGCCCGUCUACAGAUAAGACCGCCUGGCGCAUGCGUGGACAGACGGACGGGGCACCGAGCGGGGACGCAGGCUGCUGGGCGGGGUGGGUGGCCCGCAGGGGCCCCGGCCCUGCGCCCACAGAUGCCCGCGGGGAAGCCAGGCCGGCUGUUGCGCGUGGGAAGAGGCAGGAUGACUUCUCCAAGGCCCCUCCCCCCUCGGCGACCCCAGGACACGGAGGAUCCGGAGGUGGCCAGUGACAUCCACCCCUCCCUCCACCUAGGUCAGCAGAGGCAGGGAGAGAGAAACCGCCUAAACACAGGAAUGGUUCUUUCUGGGUCUCUAGAAAAGGGGCUCAGACCUGGGUGGGAUGCAGGAGGAAACGGGAGGCUCCAGAGUCUUCUCCCACAGUCUCCUGGAAAAGGAGCAAAGGGGCCUUUGGAAGUCACGGGGUCCAAAGCGUCCCUCUGCCUUGAUCCAGGUGAAGACCGCUCUGACCCUGGAGUCCUGCAGGCCCCCACCCAUACUGCCUCCCUCAGCCUCCUCCCCCACCCAUUUCUUCCUAACCGAGUUGCAGCCCCACCCCCAUUCUCUGUACCCUAGACCCACAUCUCCGCCUUCCCUCCAGUACAUCUUACAGGGCUGCUGGGCACAGUUGUGCAAGCUGUGCACUGCACGGGGCACCUCCUUCGAGGGCACCACUUGCAUCCUAGAUUUGUAUAUUUAUUACAGUUUUUCGCAUCUUGAGGAAGAGGCACCGUGGGGUCUAGCGAUGGGCCUGCAAGCUUAGACCCCACUCAGAGGGACCCUACCUUGCCUUCUUUGGAGGGGAGUCUUCCGGGAGCCAGUGAGGGGGCAGCCUGCUGAUUGUACUUGGGAGACCCAACCGACUCCCUUCCUGCAAACCGGCCUCCAAGGCCUGGCCCACUCUAUCAUGGGGGGAAGGGAGGCAGGGGUCCCCAGUAAGUCCCCGAGGCCUGAAGUCCCCCACGUCACGGCCCCCCGGUGCUCCAGCAGCGGUACUGUAUCUCUCCAAGGCCUGUUCAAGCACUAAGUGCAUUUACGAAUCUCUGAGAAUGUUUUUUUUUUAUACUAAAAUUGACCAUUAUAUUCUACUGUGAGAAGUGCGCUCCGCACUAUAUUGUUUUAAAAACGAAGAGAAAGAAAAAAAAAGGGGAAAACACAAAGUGGUGUCUCAGCCGUCCGCUUGCUUCGUGCGCAGCUCCGGGUUUGCUGGUCCUUCCUGCCUCGGGGAUGAGGCGGGCUGCGGCCGCCCCAGCCGCUC